UCCCACUUUGCAGGCAGACCCGCACAGCAGCACUUCUGGCCUUUUCUAUGCUCUUAGCAUGCAGUGCAGUGCACUACACUACUCUCCACUGAAAAUAUUGUACAACUAUAUUAAAUCAAUUUUGCUGUUUACAACUGGAGCCACUUGCAUCAACAUCUGGUUUGUGCUUUGUUUACAUGUAGCUGAGAGCUAAAGAGAACAACUGCGUAUUGGUUUUCAGUUUCUGCGGAUUAAAAGAGCCCUGACCUAGGACUGCCAAACUUCUUCAAAAGAAAGCUGACAGAACUGAUAUAUCAAGCAACUAUACUACAAGACCAAGUGAUGACUUCUCAAAAAUAUUGCAAAUAGAGGAUCAAGGGCAGCAGAAACAAACUACUUCUUGUUCCAACUUGCCUCAGAUUAGCAGUUAUUGCAAACAAAUAACACACACUGUCUAUUCCUGAUGCAAGAUAACUUUGGGGAAUUCCACAUUCCAUAUCUGUACUGAAAUAGAGUUAAUUAUUCAUACAUUCCUGCAUGUACAUCAACAUCUACACUAUACCGGGGAAUUCCAACUUUUGGCAACGGACGUGUGUUGCUAAGGGAACAGCCGCCCAUGUUGAUGUUUGACUGAGUGAACACAAGGUUAAUUGAAUAGCGACUGUCUGCGAAGCUGCUUUGUGACGCAAGAACCACGCUUUCAGAACCUCGCCAUUUGUUCAGAUGAUCAAGAUAGUCUGUCUGGUGCAAUAAACAUUGAUAUCUGCACAACAUAGUUCACAGAGGACAGUUAGUGCUAUACUUUGACUGACUUUCACUACACAAGAACAAAUGAGUGGGACAACAGGAAACAACAACAGGAUCAUGGAGGAAUCGCAAUGCCAGAAGAGCUCCUCCACCAAGGCCCAGGCCUUCUAUAACUUCUUCCGGAGCAUGAACAACAACGAGAUCCAGAUCAAUCUGGGCCAGAUCGCGUCAAACCCGGACCUGGACAAGCAGGACCUGGCCCUGCUCGUGCUGAUGCUUAGGAACAUUUCACAGCCAUACGUGAGGCGGCUGAUCCGCGAGUCGUCGUGUUCGCAGAUACUGCAGGGCAUGCUGGAGACGGUGAGGAACAACGAGAACAAGAGAGGGAUGAGACCUUUCCCUGAUGACGUGGAGGAGAUUGAGAUGAUCAUCCAUGGCCCUCCUCUAAGCCCAGACAUUGCAUAGAUCUUGUCAAGUGCACUUUAAAGACAUAUAGAAGUCAAUCACCAGGGAUAGCCUUCAGUUUUAUGACCAUUAGACCUUAUUGUAAUGCUUUGCUUUUCCCUCACCCAAAGACUCUCCGAAAAACUAGCGGGUAAUUCUUGAAGGGGCUACGGGUUUGCUGUGUGCGGAUUUGUAUUCCCAUAAAUGGUAUUUCCAACAAGUCUGGUGUCAGCGAAUUAUGGCUUUCUGUACAUGGAAACUGACGACCCACUCCCCUUAAAACAUUGCAGGGUGCAUGACUUGCUAACUUUGAGUUCUACAUUUAACAAUGUCAGGCAGGUGGAGAAGAUUUAUCUAUGGCCCACCUCUAGCGUAGCUGUUCUUUAUCAAGAUUCAAGAUAAUUUAUUGUGUGAUUUAAAAAAUACAAACAAAAAUUGUCCUCCACUGGCAAGUGACAUACAUAUACAAACAACAUAUAAAUACAUUCGAGGAUACAAAGAAUCAAAUUGAACUUCAAAGAAACAUUACGAAGCUGGUCCAACUUCAAGCCCAGAUGUUUAGUAAAACUCUUGUUGAUCUUAAAUGUAGCCUAUCAAGUGCAUUCUUAAACGCUGAAGGUGCAUAACUAGCUCCAUUGGAGUGAUAACUUCAAAGAUGAAUUGAGAAGAUGCAUCUAGAAUACUAUCUGCAAUCCACUUUGAAGCCGAGAUGCUUCCAUAAAUCAUGUCAGACUUUUCUAUUGUGUGAAUUUUAAAACAUUGCAGGGUUCAUAACUAGCUCAUUUGAGUUUUACAUUAACAAAUGACAGCAGAGUUUACAAGAUUACCAUCUAUGGACCCCCUCUAUGAAAGCCCUUUCACUUUUCUUUUAACUUAAUGGUGAAUGAAACAAUCAUUGGGAGAAAAAAUAUGAAGGACAUAAUCCAUUACCAAGGAAUGAUAGUGACCUUAUUCAAAAGGUGUACCUAUGAUAAGUCAACUUUCAGAAUGGUCUUCUUAGGGGAAAGCUGACGAUCUGUGCUUUCGGAGUAACAUAUCUUAUGAAGAAAUGUGCCGUGAGAGGAUAACAUAACUUCUGUGUUUCUAUCACCUCUAGCAUUUCAUAAAGAAAUGUUUUUUUUAAUGUUUCUUUGAGAAAAAAAAA